GUAGGUGCGCGCAGGUGGCCGAGGAGGGUUCCAGUUCCUCAGCGUGAAGUGCCGCAGGUGUUCGGGUUAGGUCCGGGGUCGCAGAUUGUGGGAUUAGUGAUAUGCUUUCCUAAACAGCAGAAAAAGUUGAAGAUGUCUAGAUACUUAAUGGCUUUGACAGUGACCACCCUCAUCGGUGUGGCCGUGGGGGGGUUUGUCCUGUGGAAAGGCAUCCGGCGGCGGAGGACUAAAGCGAGCUCGGACAGAGGGCAGCAGCGGCAGCAUCCGCAGCAUCCGCAGCAUCCGCAACAUCCGCAGCAUCCGCAGCAGCAAGCACCAGGCCGGAGGGAGCUGCCUCCUCCAGAAGAGGUCCGGCUGCGCGCCAGGGCCCCCGGAGCCUCAUGGGAGGAGAGGAUCCUCAGAGCAGAGGUGGUGACUGUGUCUCAGGAGGCCGAGUGGGACCACAUUGAGCCCUUGCUUAGGAGUGAGUUAGAAGAUUUUCCAGUACUUGGAAUCGACUGUGAGUGGCUCUACCUGUGUUCUGUGUCCUUUGCUAACGAGCACUGCCUUCUGGGUGGGCUUGGCAGGAAGAACGUGAUUCCACAUGAGUACCGGAAGCACUUCCCCAUUGAGAUGAAGGACCACAACUCGCACGAUGUGCUUCUGCUCUGCACCUCCUGCCACGCCAUCUCUAACUACUAUGACAACCACCUGAAGCAGCAGCUGGCCAGGGAGUUCCAGGCCCCCAUUGGCUCCGAGGAGGGUCUGCGCCUGCUGGAAGACCCUGAGCGCCGGCAGGUACGCUCUGGGGCCAGGGCCCUGCUCAACGCAGAGAGCCUGCCUGCUCAUCGAAAGGAGGAGCUUUUGCAAGCACUCAGAGAGUUUUACAACACAGACACAGUCACGGAUGAAAUGCUUCAAGAGGCUGCCGGCCUGGAGACAAGGAUUUCCAACGAAAACUACGUCCCCCACGGGCUGAGGGUGGUGCGGUGCCACAGCCGGGGCGGGCUGCGCUCCCUCAUGCAGCUGGAGAGCCGCUGGCGUCAGCACUUCCUGGACUCCAUGCAGCCCAGGCACCUGCCCCAGCAGUGGUCCGUGGACCACAACCAUCAGAAGCUGCUCCGGAGAUAUGGGGAAGACCUUCCCAUCAAGCUGUCGUGACAGCCGCUCUCUUCCCAGGUGAGGACGGCCAGGAAGCUGAGCCAAGGCGGGAAAGUCACCUCUUCCCGUGUCAUUAAUUGUCAGAGCCCAGUGUCACAACGUGGAAUGCCAACCCACGCAGAUCCCAGGAUGCUUCUGGUGGAGCCAGGCUGUUGCUUCAAGGGGAGCGUAUGGUUGUGGAUUUUAGUUGGGCAGGGUGAGAAUUCUUUUUGCCUCCCUCUUAUUUUAUUUUCGUGGACAAAAGGGCCUUGGCCUUUAUUUUGCUUUCCUUCUUUUGCUUUCCCUGUGCAGACAGCAAAUGAAGGAUUCUCCCCUGAGGUGACUUGUCAAGGUGCUCAGGUUUUUAAUACAUUUCUUCCCUGCCCAGUAUGUUGGUUUUUCUCAAACAGGGGCAGCCAAGUAUUUUAAUCCCAUUGGGUGAGGACGGGAGAAAACUUUCUUGCAGAGGUUGGAGAGGUGAACAAGGAGUCAGAUUCAUUUUCCCGGUUCAAGCUCAUAAUUGUAAAUUCCUUGGCUUCAUGCUCUCCCACAACUCACCUGGUUGAGAUCCAUCCCAUCUAGGUCACUUCAGUUUAUUUCCAUACUUGAGAAUGUCCCCCUUUACACGUCCAGGACCAAAGCAGCGACUUCCUGCCAUAUGCUUCCACCCUAACACUGGAGGAAAUCCUUUUCUGGAAAUAGGCCUUCUAACUGGGUGGGGCCGAGAGAAGUACAAGCACCAUCUCUCAAGAAAACUUUGAUAUUUGCUCCGCGUUCCCUUUCAUUGUCUGUUCGUUGCAAUCCUCCUGUCCAGAAGUGCAGGGUUUUUAGCUGAAUCCCUUUCUGAGAGGAAGAUUCUCUUCUUUCAGAAUCAGUGUCAGGUCCCUUCCGGGUUCUGUGUUCCUUCAGAUUUGUAAUACUGACCUGUUUUCAACACUUCAUUGUCUCUUGGAGUCCUUUGGUUAGAUUGCAUUGUGAGGAUUUCUCCACCUGCUCUCAUGCCUGGGACUCUGAGAUUAAUUCAUAUAUUUAGAUGUUCAAAACGGUGAUGUUUCAUCUCUUUAUGUGAAGCCACCACUUUGAGCAUGAAAGCAAGUUAUUAGUGAUUAGUAUUUUUUCUCAAGUAUGAGGAGAGCUUUUUUACAAGAUGACUAACAAACUUAAACAGUUUUAUGGCCAGAAUCCAACAGGAGCUGUUUUGAAAUUGUGCCCAAGUUGGUGAUGGUUUGCUCUAACACUGAUAAAUAAAACUUCUUCUAAGCACAAAGUUCACUGAUUGUAAAUGUAACACUUUUUUCUUCACAGCUUUAUAAAAUCGGUAACUGUUCUUGGGGGAGGAGAUAGUCAUCCCUCAGGUCCCUGCCGUGUGGCAGUGGUGUGACGUGCGUGCAGACAUACCACGCACAGCGCAGCUUCAGCCCAUCAGCGAAUGGUCCGGAAACGAAGGUGCAUUUUGUUCUUACGCCCCUUCAUUCCCUCUUGUCCUCAAACAGGCAUUUCUGGGCCCUAAACUUAGAGAUCCUUGAAAAUGAAUAGUACCAGCCGCCUUAGGGACCGUAUGUUCAGUGGGGUAGGUUAUUGUGGGCGUGUGCCUCAGUGGCUGGACCCCACGCUCUGGAGUCCAGGGUGAACCUUGGAGACUGCUGGGUGGUCGUUGGAGUAGUCAGGCUUGCCACAAGGUGGCACUCACAGAUUUUGUUUUAUAUUCAUUCUUGAGAAAUAGGGCUUUUAUAUAUGGUUCCUGAACAUAACUGGUGACUUAUAUUUCCAAAUCUGUGUAGCUGAUUUUGGGUCAUUUGGAUAGGGUUACAAGAAAACUUCCUCUGAAACAGGGAGUAGGGUGCUUUCAUUCUCUUUCCCCGUGAUCCUCAUGCUAAGAGGGGAGAAGCACGUACGAGCUUAUGUAAAGGUGCAGUGGUUGCUGUGGGAAGAAGGAAUGGAUUCCCCAACAGAGCUUCCUGCAAGGCCCAGUAACAGAGCCAGCAGCCACCGUAGAGAAAGAAGCUAGACUGGCACAUGAGAUUUCUCACCCUUCUCAGAAGUUACUGUGUAGAUUUGACUUUCUCUGAGUCAGCCUUUAGCACCCUUUCCUCAAGACUGACAAUGGUGACCUCAAGUGAGAUAUUUUAGGGAAGGCAUAUUAUAAAAGAGCUAAUUAUUGUGUUUUGCCGAUAGGAAAAAAAAAAAGAAAAGCAAUGUAUGUUCAUUAGAAAUGAGUCUAAAGAAGGAAUAAAAACCAUCCAUCUUCCCUCUGUUUAGAAAAGAGCUAACUUUGCUGGUAUGUCCAUGAAUUUCCUUUCACUAUUUAAAAAUGCAUAAAAUACAAAUAAAAUUCAGAGUCAUAUAUAAA